GGUCCUCCAGUCUUUCCAGCGCCAGGAGAGCACACUCUCCGCGGAGCCUCGCUUCCCGCCUGGACCAUGCUCCGCCGCGAGUUCCCGCUGGUCCUGCUGGCGCUAGUCCUCUGCCAGGCGCCCCGGGGACCGGCCGCCCCGGUGUCGGUGGGCGGAGGGACCGUGCUGGCCAAGAUGUACCCGCGCGGCAACCACUGGGCGGUGGGACACUUAAUGGGAAAAAAGAGCACAGGAGAGUCCCCAUAUGCUUAUGAGGGAGGAAACAUGAAAGAACAGCCAAGGGAGUACAUUCAGUGGGAAGACGCCACAAGGAAUUUGCUGAGCCUCCUAGAAGCAAAGGGGAUUGGAAGCCAUCAGCCCCCUCAAUGGGAGCCCCUGGGCAUUCGUCCGUCUACUUGGGAUUCAAAGGAUGGCAGCAACUUUAAUGACAUGGGUCCAAGACUCAAAGUUGAUGGACUCUCUGCUCCAGGGUCUCAGCAUGAAGGAAGGAUCCCCCAGCUGAACUGACAAUGACAAUGGUGAAUCUCUCUCAAACAAGAAAAAAACCAAACCCUUAAGACACUGCAUUCUGCGGACAUCAGUUCCACUGGGUCAUCAACAAGUUUCCUUUGUGCAAAAUACUUAACUAUUCUUGUAUCUUUCAACUUUGACUAAAGUCAUGAUUUUCAAGCAGCAUCUUCUUGUUUGAACUUGUUUGCUGUGAAUAAUUGUCCAUAAAGAGUCUUCCAAUAAGCUCUCUUUACAUGUAGGCUCUUUGUCUAUUAGAUUCCAGUCCCCAACUGCUUACCAUUCACAAUAAA